UACUCUCCUAUCUAGUGAUGGCAACACAGCCGUCUCCACAGAAAAGGGCAGCCCCUAAGGGCCGGGUUCUGGCCUCAAAGAAGAAGAAGGAGGGCCCUGCAAUAUCCCCGGAGGAGACCGUCAUCAUACAGUUCGUCAGUGCAGAUGGAGUUGGUACGGGAUCUGAGCUCAGUCUGGCACUUAAUACGGACAGAAGCGAGUUGCAGUCGCUCCUGAAGGAGUUGUUGCUUUCUGACGUUGGCCAGGGCGCUAAGGAUGAGGACCUGCGAGAUGAGAUACAGGACACUGAUUAUUCCUUUGUGUUGAACGAUAGCACACAGGAAGUGUCAUCGACACUAUAUGCUGCAUGGACGGCACUCGAGAGUCAGCCUUCUGCUGAGCAGACCCUCAGAGUUCGGUACCAUCCUCUGGCCCGCUUCCGAGUCCGACCUGUUACACGAUGCACGUCUUCUAUGACAGGCCACACGGACUCCGUCCUAUGCGCUGCCUUCAGUCCUGAUGGUUCGCGAUUAGCAACAGGCUCGGGGGACUGUACUGUGAGGUUAUGGGAUCUGUUUACUGAGACGCCAGCGCACACCUGCAAGGGCCAUGCAUCUUGGGUGCUCCUCGUUGCUUGGUCUGGUGAUGGUAAGAGGCUGUUGUCGGCUGGUAUGGACAAGACUGCUAUUGUUUGGGACGGGGCUAAGGGCCAGAAGUUAGGGACGUUGAAGGGUCAUACUGGGCCUAUCACAUGUGGGACAUGGCAGCCUUUCCAUCUACUGAGUGAUGGACAGUUAGUGCCCAAUAUCGCUACUGGGUCAAAGGACAUGAGCAUAAGGGUUUGGGAUGGAGCGAACUACACUGUAAAGUAUGUCCUUACGUCUCACACAGCACCGGUGACGUGUUUACGGUGGACAGGAGAAGACUAUAUAAUAUCUGGCAGUCGUGACCGGAUGUUGAAGGCUUGGUCGACGAAGGACGGUCGCAUGUUAAGGGAGUUCAAAGGUCAUGCUCAUUGGGUCAACACAGUUUGUUGCAAUACGGACUAUGUCACGUUGAAGACUGGUUGCUUUGGUGAGAAGGACCAACCGGCUACGGCUGAGACAACUGUGCCUGAGCUCAAGGAGAGAGCAUUGCAAAGGUAUAACAAGAUGAUUCAGCAAACAGGAGGUGUGGGUGAGAGGAUCCUAUCGGGUAGUGAUGAUUUCACAAUGUUUCUCUGGAGUAUGGACAGCAAGAAACCCUUAUGUCGUUUAACGGGUCAUCAGAAGGUGGUGAAUAAUGUCCAGUUCAGUCCUGAUGGCCGUAUGAUCGCCAGCGCUAGUUUCGACAAGUCCGUGCGCCUGUGGGACGGCGUAACAGGAAAGUUCAUCUGUGCUCUACGUGGUCAUGUUGCUGAUGUUUACAUGGUGUCAUGGUCAGCCGAUAGUCGUAUGCUUGUUUCUGGCUCUAAGGAUUCUACUGUGAAGGUCUGGGAUGCCGGCAAGAGGAAGCUGAAGGAGGACCUGCCCGGUCACGCUGAUGAGGUCUUCGCGGUGGACUGGAGUGGAGAUGGUGCCCGAGUGGUCAGCGCUGGUCGCGAUAAGGUUGUUAAAAUAUGGAAGCACUGAGGAUAUACGUUACUGUUCCUGUUAUCCGUAUUCACCAUAACGUAUGUUACGUC